AUUGCAGGGAGAGCUGCGGUUGCCAUGGUACGGCGUCAGCAGCUACUCUGAAGCAAACGUCUAGGCGUGGACUGGAAAAAAUGCUAUUAGAAAUUCUAUGGCACUAAAGAGAAGGACUACUUUUAGCCGACGACGUGCUGUUUUUCUCUUGUUAUUGAUAAAGCGACAGCCAUGACAGUUUAUUUCAAAAACGGGUGUACAACCCAUAGUCUUUAUUUUAUAUCUAACGGCAGCUAAGUUAGCUAAAGUUCAAGCUACCUUGCUAAUAGCUCUUUAGCUUGCAGUAGCCGAUCCAAUCAAAACAAGAAACGGCAUGUCUUAAGUGACGACAUGGAAUCUGAAAAAGUAGCUCACCCAUAUGAAGACAACCGGGAUUUAAGUCGCCAGUCCUGCCGUAGUACAAAGAAAGAUUCUCGGGCUUCAUCCGUCCAGGAACACAAACAGAACUUCUGGGACAAGAUGCACAGCGAGGAUACAAAAGUUGACUCAGGUGAUGUCAGAUCUAUAACCAGAACUUGGCAUUCAGAUCCUGAUCGGGAUCGGAUGUCAGAAGGAGAGGGAAGCAAAAGUGGUGGGUCAUUUUAUUCUGAGAAUUAUGAAAACGAGUCUCAUUCAGAGUGCUCUGUCUCACCGUACUCCCGGUCCCGGACUCCUUCACCCACCCCACAUAGAGGGGUGCGGGCAAAGAGGAUCUCUGGCAGCCCUCUCCACAAGACAGGUGGUUUGGGGCGCCGGGGCUUGUCUCGCCCACAGCGACCAGGUGGUCACCCCCUGACUCAGCAGUAUCAAAGGGGGGUGCGUUCUCACAGCAAGGAGUCCACACCACCUAAAGACCUGGACCUGGUGACCAAGCGGAUGCUCUCGGCCCGCCUCCUAAAAAUCAAUGAAUUGCGCAAUGCUCUUUCUGAGCUGCAGCAGCGCACGGACGAACUGCAGAAAGAAAAUCGAAUUCUUCGACAGCUUCAGGUGCGUCAAGAGAAAGCCCUGCAGCGGUACGAUGAUACAGAAAGCGAAAUCUCCCAGCUCUUAUCCCGGCACUCCAACGAGAUCCACGUGCUGCGUGAACGUCUCAGGCGCACCCAAGAACGGGAACGGAAAGCUGAGCGGCAGCUGAGGGACACCGAGGAGCGGUUUCAGAGGGGUCAAGCUACCAUUUCACGGCUGAAGAAGCUGGUCGAGCAGCGGGAUUUAGGAGCCAGAGAGGAGCUCAGCCGCAGGCUAGAGGAAGAGAAGUUGCGGGCCCAAGAAGCUGAACGUAAGCUUAAGGAGGUGGAGCGUAGCAUGGAGCUAAGAAAUAGCAGUUAUCAGAGACAGCUUGUCGCAGAGAAGAAGAAGACACUUAGUACCCAGGAAGAGAUCAGGGCUCUCCAGGAGGAACUUGACCGACUGAACAAUAAACUCAAGGAAAAGGAGAGAGAACUCGAUGCGAAGAAUAUUUAUGCCAAUCGCAUGGUGAAACCCUCACAAAAAAAAGAGACUGAAAGUGACACAAAGCACAAAGUUCCCAGCAGGAGCAGCUCUAAGGCAAUACAGACUGAAGGCAGGAUGCUGAGUCUGGAUUUUCCCACACCUCCCCCUGCUAUCACAGAUGCCAGCGAGUACAGGGAACAUCCACCUGAUGAAUAUUUAUCACUUAAGGAGCUUAACAGAGCGGUCAAUCAAGCAGAGGCAGAAGACAGGGGACCAAUCUGGGAACAAAAGAGUAGAGAAAGACAUGAGGAGAAGGAGUUGGUGAAGGAAGAGAAAGAGGCCAAAAAGUACCUUGAUCAGGAACAGAAAGCGCUUGAAGUUAAGGCAAAGCUUUUAAGAAACGGCUCAGAGAAAGAAAAGGAUGAAGAGGGCCAAAAGUGGACGAGUUCCCUGUUCAACCAGAAUGGGGAUGAUAACUACAAGAAGCACGGUCAUGUCCAGGGAGAGGUGGAGAGAUGGAAUCAGGAGGCGCUGGCCUGUCAGCAAGCAUCAGAAGAAGCGCGGCGCAAAAAAGAGCAGCUGCUGGCAAAGAUGCGGGAAAUAGACAGUCAGAAACAGGGGGCCCAGGAUUCCUUGUUUGCCUCGAGUCCUUCUGAGUCCAAUAAGGGUCUCGGUGAACAUUCUUCUCCACGCCCUCCUGAGCAAAGGAACCAUAACUCUUCGAUUUUCAGCCUAACUAAUUCAGAGGAGCCGGAUGGUUUGCGUGCUGGGAGCAAAGAAGGUGGAAGGAGGAGACUAGGCACAGAGGGUGGAGCAGUUACAGCAGGGAUAGGGAGGAGAGCGCUCCGGUCUCAAAUCUCCAGCGAUGACUUGGCAUUUGGAGGUUACGCACCUUCAUUUGUACAUUCAACUUUCCGUGGUUCCUCUGGCUUCCCUCCACCUCCACCCAAAGAGGACAAGGAAUCUGCGUUAGAAGCAAUAGGGGUGUUUAAUAUCAGUGCGGCAGAGGAGAGGGAGACAGAAAAAGCUCAGGGAAAGGACAGGAAGUCAAGUCUAAUGCACCAGCUGUUUGGUCCCCAAGCCACAGCUGUUGGUGAUGGCGCGAAUACCUCCAAUAAACUGGAGCUUCUUAAUAGUCCUCCAACAACCAAUGGAGUGCGUUCAAGAAGGGAUGGACUGCUCAACUUCAACUCAGGAUCUCCCACUGCUCCAGCAGCCUCCUUUAGCACCCUCCAUGUUGCAGAUAGCAGACCUGCCAUCCGUGCCAUCACCUCCUUCGAAGACGAGAUUGAGGAACUCACAUUAUGAAAUUAAUUUAGAUUGAAAGUAGUCUGGGUCUUUGAUGGCAAACCAUCAAAUCUGAGAGGUUAUUUAUGAAAUAUAAGAACAACCCAGCAUUAAAAAUAUGAGAACAUCAAAAAAGAAGAAACUUGCAGAAACUGAUUGUUUCAUCCAUCAGUCCUUUUUAACUGCCUCUGUCCAGUUGGAUCAGUCACUCAAAACACCCCUAAGGUGGACAAGCAGUUAAGAAAAAGGAUCAAUGGGUUAAUGUGCAAUUUGUACGUUUGUUACAUUGUUUUUCUUAGACGUUCCUUUAAAACCAGCUUAACUCUCAUAACAGUGAUUUUUAUUUGUAGCACCUGUGAAAAUUAAAGAGUAGCUUUUCUGACAGACUAUGACUGAAGCUCUUACUCCAUUUAGAUAUUUUAGUGCUUUGCUGGGUUUUGUAUAGUUUGGGAUAUUUUUUGUCUUUGUCAGAUAGUUUGUAAUCAUAGAUUUUCCCAUAAUCUGAAAGGGCUGCAGUAGGGAGGAAGAAAUUACAAUACAUGGUACAUAAUAGCACCCUUCCUACAGUUCCCCCUUCUCUGUUCAAAACACCUCCUACCAGAUGGCUUCACACUGGAUUUAAACUCUACUGUAUCAGGUGAAUGCCCUCUGCUCAAGGCAUUGUAUCAUCACUUUCUACACAGAUUUGAUUUCGUUUUAAAUAAACCAUUAGAUCUGUCAUUGGCCAGUUUUUUCAGUCAUCAACUAGAUUUAUUUUUAAACAAUACCAGUGGAGAUGCAGGAGUCUCUUCCUUUCAGAUCACUUGAAUUAAAAUCCACUUGAAGGCCAUAAGGGAUGUGUUCUCCAGUGGUGCCAAAAUAUGUUUCCCACUCCUUUAAUUCUUUUGCAGAUAUUUUGACAUAAAAAUGUACCCCUAAAUGACAAGACAAUCACACCAUGUGUAGAUCGCCUGUACAACAUCUGACUGUUACUGUAUGAUAAACGAGUUUUCAAUUUUAUAUGUAAUCUUACCAGCACUCUAAGCACAUGUAAGUCCCAGGUCUUCCUUUCGCCCAACCCAUUUAGGGGUUGCCACAGCAAAUCACCAGCCUCCAUCUAACCCUAGAGCCACAGCAGUUCUCAUUACCAUUUUUGUUUAAUUGGUUGUUUUUUUGUUUUUUACAUUAUGUUCACUAAUCUACAAGAUUGUGUAAAUAAUGAUCUGUAUUAAACCCACCAAUACCAGCUUAGUCCAUGCCCUGCACCAGAAAAUGUAACAUCAGCCUAAUGUUGCCAGAUCCUUCUCUCUUUUCCUUUCUGCAUGAAAUGUCUUGUGAUGGGAGCGCUUUACUUUCAAAAAGGCAAUCAGCCCUGUAGUAAGCAAUCUGAUGGCUUUAUUGAAAUCAAAUGAAGACACAAAAUGCUCUUAUUUUAAUAAUCAUUUGUUAUUACACUCGAGCUACAUUCAGACAGCACUUUUUAAAUGUGACACAAAGCUGUCUCUGCCCUCAGUCUAAAGUUGAUACCUAUUAUUUACUUGUGAAACUCUUUGUAUUUAUUCUGUGAAGCUUAUUUAAUAUGAAACAUGUAACCAGUUACAUUUCGUCUAAUGUUUAAAAUUGUUGAAUGAAUUAAAGGUUUGUACAAUAGUGACGCUGUCUCCUGGUCAUCAGACUGUGGCGCACUUGCAGUAAUAUUCAUCUAGCGGGAAGUCGGAUUCCUUGGACGUCUCCAAGCAACCACAACCUGACGCAACCUUCCCGCCCCUCCUCCGGUAGCUCCCUUCUCAAAAAUAAGUGCACCGCAGAGCCAUAGAGGGGAUCUUAUCAGGGAGAGAGACUGGCGGUGAUGGUCUGCGCCGAUGUGGCUGCCAGGAUUCAGCGUGGUAAGUUGGACCGCUACUGGGAGGUUCCUGAAAGAUCUACAGAUAUUCUGCAUUUGAAGCAUCUGAUUCCACUAAAGACUGAAGACUGGGUCUCCUGAAGAAUAUAAAGGGCAGAAAAGUGAAUGCUGGACAGACAGAAUGGAAGCCUGAUGUGAUUUGUAGCGACGAAAGAGGCCAGAUAGCUUUUUUUUUUUGUUUGUUUUUGUAUUUAACAGGUUAAAAAUGA